UGUAUUUCUUGAAUUAUUAGUGAUCCUACAAAUAUUUUGAUAUAUCUAUGGCUAUUUCACUGUCCUCUGAUCGUGAGAUCGAUCGCUCGAAUGGAAUGUUCAUGCACUCACAAGCUUCUGGACCAAUCCAAGGUUCGUCCAGCCAUGCCUCCAGAAAGAACUACUCUUCCUCUCACAUUCCUAGACAUCCCUCUUGCAGGUCCUAUCUAUGUCAGGCGUCAAUUCUUCUACCAUUUUCCUUACCCUACUCACCAUUUCAUCCAAACGACGCUUCCCUCUCUCAAACACUCUCUCUCCAUCGCUCUCCACCAUUUCUUCCCUCUCGCAGGAAACCUCCUCUGUCCGCCGCCGCCUCAUAAGCCUUUCAUCCACUGCACCGGUGAACAUUCCGUCUCCUUAACGGUGGCCGAAUCCUCUUCUGAUAAUUUCAAUCAUUAUGCGGCCAACCACCCCAGACAUCUCAAAGACUUGGACAGCUUGGUUCCCGAGCUGUCAUGGAGUACAGUUGAUGGAGGCGUCGAUGAGACUGACGCCACGUUCGUCUUCCCAAUCGUAGCCUUGCAAGUCACGGUUUUUCCUAACGCUGGCCUCUGCAACGCCAUCACGUAUUGCCACGUGAUGGAUGCCAGUUGUUGCAGCCAUUUCAUGAAAACGUGGGCUUCCAUUUGUAGAUCCGAUGGUGGAGAUACGACUUUGCUGGAGAAGUCUCUGCCGUCGUAUGAUAGGGAAGCGAUCAAAGACCCGAGGGGCCUUGAAACCGUUUUCUUGAGAGACCAUUUUAUGGAGAGGUCGGCAUGGAAGGACAGUCUCGUGGGUAAAACAUCUAAGAGCAUCAUCAGGGUUGACAAUUUUUUCAAGGCAACGAUUGUGUUUGGCAGAAAUGAAAUCGAGGCACUGAGAAAAUGGGCGAUGAAUCAGUGGGGAAAAAGUGACGAAUCGAAAUCACCGAAAUAUCUAUCGAAGUUUGUGGUGACAUGCGGUUUUGUGUGGACCAGCUAUGUUAAGACGAGAUAUAGAGAUGACGAUGAAGAAGAGAAAGACGAGUACUUUCGUUUUGCAGCAGAUUGCAGAAACCGCCUCGAUUGUCCGGUACAAAAGAACUACUUCGGAAACUGCAUAACACAAUGCUAUGCAUCGCUGAAGAGGAAAGAGCUGAAAGGAGAAGGAGGGUUUUUGAAGGCGGUGAAGGUGAUUGAAGGGGUAAUAGAAGAUAUGAAGAAAGAACCUUUCAAAGAUGCAGAAAAGUGGAAGGAAAGCUUUCAGAAAACGUUCGUGUUAGGAAGCACAGUGUUGGUGACGGGGUCGCCGAAAUUCACCGUUUACGAGACAGAUUUUGGGUUUGGGAGGCCCACAAAGGUUGAGAUGGUCCAUGACUUGAAGUGCAUGUCUCUUGCUGAGAGUGGAUCUGAAGAAGGUGGACUUGAGGUUGGGUUGGUUUUCAGGGGGGAUGAAUAUGAACAUUUCAUGUCUGUCGUCGAACCAGGACUCCAAACUUUCAAAUCCUAGUUUGGGUCACUUACCCCAAAAUUUAAGAUUUCGCGUGUAUUAAUGGGGUUGAUGCGUAUCUGAAUUGUAAUUUUAGCGUUUCUCUAACGCAUCCAGAUACCACAUGUUAUGAUUGCCUUGUCAUUGGUUGAGAACUUGUACUCCUUCGAGGCUUAA